ACUUGUUGGCUGGUUGUUUUCGGGGGAGCGGGAGCCUGCAGUUUUUGUUUCCACCCCCUGGCAGGAAGAAGAUAUGUUGUGACGGGUUGCAGUUUUUGGUUUGUACCUUGUUCUUCUCCUUGUUGUUGUUGUUGUUGUUGCUGCAAGUUGUUUGCCUUGAUCUUCACCCCGAUUGGAUGUAAGCACGUGCCAGCGUCCCUGAACCGGGAAAAUGUCAUGCAUUUGUGUGGAAGAGUCUACUCAGUCUUUGAAGACAGCAACAGAUUCAAGUCAAUAACAGGCGCAGGUAAGGCCAAAAACUGUGUAUGCCUGGACAUGGGCUUUGGCCGCAUUGUCAGCAACGUCGGCCCCGGGUGAGCCAAAACCACACACAUCUUCUCCGGCGUUGUUCGGGUGCUGCUAGCCCGUGGAAGUCCACCAAACCCAAGUGCAAAUUGAUGGCUUUGGUGCUUGGGGUGGGUUCCCCCAUAUCGGGACAUCACUCCUUGUAUCAGACACGUCGGGAUUGGUGUUCUGAGUGUGGUUUCCUUGUUGUUGGCGCGCACGGUUCAGGACUCGAUGUGGGCAGCUAUUGAAUUGAGGCAUUCUUAUCAUUCCAAUGCUGCUGAUGCUUUCAAAGAACAUAGGAUGGGUUAUGGAAGAGCUGAGGAACCGUUACGACGUGAACUUGGAUCAUGCGCCACCCGCUGGUCCUGGCCGAGAAUUCGCUUUGGCCUUGCGAAGGGAUGUAGAGGCAGCCUUGGGCGUGGAGUUCUUCGAGGCGGUCUUAGGCAAAGGCUACAGAGCUAAUGCGCAGGGCUUGGUGAUCUCGAAGUGCGGUGCGCCAGCGCAGGCUUGGCACGUUGACUCAUCCCACUUGUUUGUGGGCAUCAAAGACCUUCCUUGUCACUUUGUGACGGUUUUUUGCCCGCUCUAUGGAAUGGAAGAAGCCAUCGGCCCUACAGAGUUCAUUUUGGGGUCUCAACACUUCACACAUUGGCUGCCCACUUUGGAGGUAUCUGACCAGUAUCCUCCAGAGGAGACCGUUGAGCUGAUCAGAUCUGAGGCAAAAACAUGGGCUUCGGAUCUGGGAGAGGGAGAGAUUCAGAUGGACUGUGAAGCUGGUGACAUUGUGGUCAUGGAUGGCCGCCUACUUCACAGAGCGCAGGCAAACCGUUUGCCCGAGUCAGUGCGGUCCUUGGCAUACUUCUCCUUUUGCAGGCCUUGGUAUUACGAGUGGCCACGAUCCCAAGCAGAAGACCGCUUCCUCUUCACGAAGUGACAAAGAUGUGUCGACGCAGUAUCAUUUGAUAUUGUUUGAGCAA